GUUCAGACUUAUUGGUGCACAUUCUGGGAACCGCAAGAUGGAAGUAAUUCUCCAACAACACAGUCCAUCUCCAAUACCACAGCUCCCUAUUGCAGUCAACGAAGGAGAAGCAUCUUAUGUCCCUUCUCAUCUGCACAUGACUAAUCUGAUCCUUGAAGCACAGCAAAGAAAUCCGGAAAACUCAGCACAGCACCUAUCCAGCUCAGGACUGGAUGGAACAGAAUUUAUAGGUGCAGUUGCUGACCACUUCUCAGAUGCUGCUCAAAGAGAGGAAAGGCGUGAAAACUUAAGGCGCAUCAAAGAACUGUGUGGGAACAUGCAGGGCCUUAGUGAGAUUGCCGGAUCUUCAAAACGCAAAAGGAACUGAAGGUUCUUUUCAUCAAACCAGGGGGAAAGUAUGUGAAAACAUUUGUUUUGAUGAAAAAACCUUCUUGUUUAAACAUUGCUUGAUUUAAACAUUGCUUAAGUAUGCCUUAAUUGCGCUUAUUAUGCUUGAUUAUGCUUAUCUCAAGUAUGAUUUUGUCUUAAUUAUUUUUCUGAAGCGCAUACAUUCAGGGGGAAUGUAAUUCAGGGGGAACUUACCUAGUUUUGGCUAACAAUUAUUUUUGGCAAUGAAUUAUUGAUAAGCUC